AAUACUUUACAUAAAUCCUGGCAUGCUUCUAAGAAAUAUACGACAAGACGGGAAAUAAUUGAAUUACUAGUAACCCAAAUUUACUAGUAACCGAAAUAACCACAGUCAUGAGUAAACCACGCCGGAGUAUGCCGAAGGUCCGAACGGGGUGCGUUACAUGCAAGAUACGACGCAUCAAGUGUGACGAGCAAAAACCUCACUGUGCAAAAUGUUUGCAGACUGGCCGUGAAUGCAAAGGCUACCUGCCAGCUAAGAAAGGUGGCCAAGUACAAGAUACAGGCCCCCCUGUCUCCAUCCCGAUAACUACUUACAGCAUCCCAUUCAAAGUGCCCGGCAGCCAAGCAGAUCGCCAGCUGCUUCAUUAUUAUUGCUCUGUUGCUGCGGGUAAACUGGCUGGCUUUUCGGAUCAUGAACUGUGGACCAGACUGAUCCUACAAAGAUGCUAUCACCAGCCAAUUAUUCGCAGCGUUGUGGUGACGCUUAGCUCACUAUACCAGGAUCAUAUGCGUGGAGAAUAUGAUGGAACAAAAUUAGGCCGGUCUCCACCUGCGAAAAGCAUUGAACAGAUUGCAAAAUGUCACCGAAGGCUGACAAUGCACCUUGGUUCUUCAGAAGCUUCCCCUGAUAUCGCAUUGAUUUGCAGCGUCUUCUUUUACAUGUUUGAGUCCUUGCUUGGAAACAUUCACCAAGCGAUAUGGCAUUUGAACCAGGGAUUGAAUCUUCUGCAGCAAUAUCAAAGGGACAGUGCUUAUUUAGCUAGCAGCGAGUCUGAUGUAAUGUUAUUCCAUCUGACUUCCCUUCUUUCGCGGCUUGAUGUUCAAGCUAGCUUUUUCGAUUACGACCGUACACCGGUAUUAUCCCUUGUAUCUUUGGCUGAGAGAUCUGGAAAUGUUCCUGUCGUACCCGAUAUCUUUCUUAGCACUGUGCAAGCCGAGGGUAUCCUUACAAAGCUUCAAAAUUGGAUGAUGCGCCAUCUAAUUACGUGCGGCAAACACAAGAAGACUACUUUCGAAGAUAUACCCCCUCAAAUUAUUUACGAUAGGCAGGUUCUUGAUCAGCAGUUCAGGAAAUUUGGUACGGUAAUCGAAAAGCUGGCUGGUACAUAUGGAGAUGAUGAUCUCGAAUGGGAAAAUCAUUCACUGCUUCUACGAAUUCACGCACGUGCAUGCCACUCCAUACUGUUGGAAAGAAUCUCUACUUUUGGCCCUACACCUCGCGGCCCCGAUGACUACAGACGUGAGGUUGACGAAAACUUGCGUGCCAUGCUUUCUGAUAUAUCCUUAUUUCUCUCCACUUCCCAAAAGUCAACUCAGUCUGAAGGUAGUGGACACUUUACACUCUCGUCCCACCUAACCCCGGCAUUAUUUUAUGCGGGCCUCAAAACUACAAAUUGCGAGACCCUCGAUAUUUCCUUGGAACUACUGAAGCAUUCCCAGAUUCCAAGCCGUGAGGGAGUUUGGGAUGCAAGUACCGCUGAGUCUAUGCUUCAGAAGAUUAAGGCAUGUGUCAUCCAAGAGCGUGAUGACCAGUACGAGGCAAAACAUGCGGUGUUGUUGGACGAUACUUUAGAGAAACUUGGUAUGAAAUUCUUUGAAGGGGCUGGCGGCUUAAAUGAGGCUUUCAAGGCUUUGUAUCUUGAAGAUUGGCAAGGUCAUUAGAUUAACAACUCCUUACAUAUAAUGGUCUAACUUGCCAAUUAUCCGUAGCACUGUAGGGAAACUGAAAGCGCAACUAUAGAAUGACAUAUCAUCAAUUGAUGUUCAAGAAAUAGACAUAUCAAUAACGGUUCGGCAGUUAAUCAACUGCCACGAAAAUUUUAUGAACAUUG